CUAAUUACAAAAUUCAGUUUGAUCAAAACGUUUUAUUGUACAUUUGUUUGGUUUGUUUUAUAAGUAUGAAUAUUGAUGUGAUGGAAUUUUAAAUUAUAUUAUGAGGGCUGUUAUCUAUACGGGGGUUAAGUGGGUUCAAGGAUAAGGAUCAAAAUUAGAAAAUAAAUACAAUAAAAUAAAUAGAUACAUUUAGGUCUAUGAUAUUUUAAUUAAUAAACUGUCACUAAAAAAAUUAACAGACCUGGAAUCUGAGAAAUACAAUAAUUUCAGAUUAAAAAAAAAAAAAAAUCAAAUGGCCCCCCCCGGGCCCCCGCCCCGGAGACGCCACUGAAGCGCGAGCUGUCAAAUACCUGUAGUUGUUCAUUAAAACAGACACUAAGAUCCAUCCAGACUUUUAAACCUGUCCGGCCGCUGAUUGGCCAGCCGCCGGUCACGUGUCUGAGCGCAGUCAGUCGCUGUGCCCAGCAGCUUCAGCAGCGGCGGCUCUGUCUGGAUCCUACACACCGACACUUGCAGGAGGCCCCCUUUUCUUCUCGUUUUCGAGGAUUAUCCUUCACCAUGGGCGACAAGAAAAGCCCUACAAGGCCAAAAAGACAAGCCAAACAGACACUGGACGACGGGUACUGGGACUGCAGCGUGUGCACGUUCAGGAACACCGCCGAGGCGUUCAAGUGCAGCAUCUGCGAUGUGAGGAAGGGCACAUCCACAAGGAAACCCAGGAUAAACUCCCAGCUGGUUGCUCAGCAGGUGGCUCAGCAGUACACGAUGCCCCCCCCAGCCAAGAAGGACCGCAGAGAGAGGAGCGAACGCACAGACAAGGAACGGCUGGACAGCGAGGGAGAACGGGCCUGCGGCGAAGGACGCCCGGUUUUGGAGCGCCCUGAGACAGUCAAGCCAGAGGAGGACACCCCCGAGAAGGACAAAGGCGACAAGGAGCCCCCCCUGAAAGACAAACCCGACAGAGAGAAAGACAUCAGUCCAGCACUCCCCAAGAAGCCCAGCAGUAAAAAGAUCCGACCGAAAUCAGACAGCCAUCAGAGCCCCCCCAGCGACAAACAGAGCAUACAGUCUGGGAAAUCAGCAACCAAGACCAACAAGAACUCCCACAUUUCCAGGCCCAAGCUGAAGAACAUCGACCGGAGUACGGCCCAGCAGCUCGCCAUCACCGUCGGCAACGUGACUGUGAUCAUAACGGACUUUAAGGAGAAGACGCGCUCCUCGUCCACGUCCUCGUCCACCAUCACAUCCAGCGCCGGCUCGGAGCAGCAGCACCAGAGCUCGGGCUCCGAGAGCGUGGACAAGGGCUCGUCGCGCGCCUCCACCCCCAAGGGGGACCUGUCUGUGGGACACGACGAGUCCUUCUAAAGGCGCCGCUCCCUUCCACCAACCCCCUCAUGUUUAUGGACAACGUGGAUCCCACAGGAGAGGAGAACGAGGGUGGGGGGGUGUUUCCCAUCGCUGCCCUACAUUCCUGAAACCAUUCCACCCCCCCAACCCCACCCUCCCACCUGAUGCUGAGAGGAACACUUCACCUUUCAGAAAUCAAAUGCCUGUCAUUGAGGAGUUUUGGGAACCCACCCACCGCCCCGCCCCUCCCCCAGCAGUAGCAUCCAGACUCUUGUACGUAUUGUUUUAUAUUUGUAUGUGGAUGUGAGGCGACUUUUGUUUGUUUGGUUUUGUAAACAGUUCUGCUUUGGGCACAAAAAAACCCUUCAUUGUCUGAGAAACAGAGGACUUUAUUUAUUUCUACGAUCCAGCUCUGCUCACUGACCCCGCCCCCACACUACCCCCCCACAGUGUUUUUAAUCAACACACAUACACAAGCAAACACACACACUGGUGCUAGACACACUGCGAAGCGGUUUGGCAGAUCUGGGACUGUCCGUUCACUCCAUGUGACAGCUUCUCCUGCGCUUCAUCACUGUGGGCCCUUCCCCAUGCUCCUCUUCUCAGUGAGCGGCCCCCGCACCGCCCAUCCGUCCCUUCAGCAACCCUACAGAUCUUCUGCCCCGGAACUGUUCAGAGCGGGCCGACGUGUGAAACACUAAAAGCUGUGGGUCCUUUCAGGGCUGAAGCCGUUCCCGUCCUUCCUUCUUUCCUUCCUUCAUGUUCGGACGUUCAGUUGUGCGCUUUGUUCUGUUCAUCCUGAAGGACGCAGUUCUCGUUGGUGAAACCAAACCCGAGCUGUGACUGUUUUUACUCCGAAACACAAAAACGAACAAAGGCGGAGAGCAGGCGGAGCCGUUUUUGUGUCCGACUCCUGUAGUUGAAGGCUAAACUCGCUGCAGUUCCUCCCAGAAACCUCCGUUCUGUUGUUGUUGUUUUUUUUUAUAGCAGCGAGGUUCAGGAGUCUGAAUUCACUUUAGCCCAUGUUAGACCAAGCUGAUGUCCUUUAAACUGUAUGAAACUGUACAAAGAAUAAAUGUGUAUAUGAUAUCUUAGUUUUAUUUAUUGAAGGACCAAAGGAAUUUCAUAUUGACGCGAUGCAUAGACAGAUGAGUAACAAUUUGAAAUGCAAUUAUCUAAUGUGUGAGAUGAAUAACAGUUUAAAUAAAGACUAAUAUAAUCCAUGGAAAUGGUCUUUUAUUGUCCGCUCAUCUCUAAAUUAGGAGCCAUGAGAAAAACUGCAAACUUAGCACACAGAAGCGGUGGGAUUGGGGCGUGCCCUGGUUGAAGGCGUACACCAGUUGGAGGCAUAUCUGAGUUGGGGGCCUUGUCUCGGUUAAGAGUGUACCCUGGUUGGGCUCGUACCCCAAUUGGGGGUCUUACCCUGGCUAAGUUUAGUUGGGCUUGCACCCGGGUUGGGGACCUUAUCCCGGAUAAGAUUGGACCCUGGUUGGAGUCACACCCCAGUUGGGGGGCCUUACGCCAAUUGGGAAUCUUAUCCCGGUUAAGAUCGUACCCUGGUUGGGCUUGCACCCUGGUUGGGGGCCUUAUUCCGGAUAAGAGCGUACACUGGUUGGGCUUGCAACCCAGUUGGGGGCCUUAGCCUGGAUAAGAGCGUACUCUGGUUGGGGUCGCACCCCAGUAAGGGCCCUUACUCUGGUUAGGAGCGUAGCCAGGGUAGGAGCAUACCCUGCUUGAGGGCACCCCAAUUUGCGGCGCACCCCUGUUGUGGGCCUUACCCCAAUUGGGGGCCUUUCCACAGAUAAGAACGUACUCUAGAUAGGCUUGAACUAUUGUUAGGGGUUUACCCCUUAUGGGGCACAGGCACACCCCGGUUGGUAGCAAGCCCCUGUGUGGUGGUCCGCCCCUUCCCACCUAGCAUAUAAUGUGCUCCCUUUGCAGUUUCACACACGAUAAUCACGGUAAUCUCGACAUUUCGUGUCACGUUUUUAUUUCUAGCGUUUUGAGCGAACGCUGAUCGAUGCACUUCACUGCGUUCAGACAUAAGUCGGGACACGAUGAGAAAUCUUGACUUUUUUUUUUCCUGAGAAGAAAAACCUGCUCUGAACUGGGCCUCAUGAGUUAUCUUCUCACCUGCCUUACCUGUCAGCACGCUCCCCACUCCCACUCGGAGCAUUCUUUCUUCACUUAUUGGCUAUUUGCUGACCAUACGAACCGAUGCUUGUAUAUAGUUUUUAGAAAAAGAAAAAACAGUGCAAAAGCAAACACUAUAAACAAUGGCGUCGGAGCUGAAGUCUUUGGUUUCCCCUCCCCCAUUUUCUUCCCGCGCAAGCAGUUCUGUUCUUGUGUGCGACCAGUAACCUUAAUUUACUGUGUAAAGAUGGUUACAUAUUUUAGCUUUGUUUGUCAGAGGCCCAAAUAUAGAAAUGCUUGUUUACUUACUGUAUAAUCUUUAACGUGAACUUCCAAUUAAGUGUAUGAUACAGACUCAUUUCUUCCUAUAACAAUGUGUUGUAUAAUGCUUUUGAAGUUAUUGCUCGGUUUUUGAAAAAAGAAAAUGGCAAAAAAAUGUAGAAGACAAUAAUCCAUUCUUUGUUUUACCUUUUUUUUUUUUUUUUUAAUAAGGUGUCAUUGUUUUUCUCCUUGUGGAAUUCUGUUCCUGUUGUGGAAAUGUAUUCUGCGUUUUCUGCAGGUCACGGCUCCCUGUCUCGCUUAAAACUGUGUUGAUCAAUACAUGUUUCUGGCAUGUGCACGACCUAAUGCGCUUACUGGCUAACCUGAUCAUUUUUAUUUGCCCCGCCCCCCCUUCUGCUUCAAAUAGAAAUGUCUAUUUAUGAAUUUUGCUUGUAGUUUUUCACAAAUAAAACUGUCAAAGUUGUACUUUU